CGAGGAAGAGAGCGUGUGAGCAUUUAGUCCUGCCAGAGCACAGUAGUGCAACAUCAACGGAGACGGGAUAAAGAAGCUCUGUGCGAGGGACACGGGAAACAGAGGAAUACACUUCUGAAGAAAAACAAAGAGGGGAUGGAAUGAAAAAAAGCAUCCUACUGCUGUUGGUUAUCCUGUUUCAUCCAAUUUCUGUUGGAGAAUUCCAUAAGCAAAGAAACAGAGAAAACACAUACAUGUGAUAUAUAUAUAAAAUUCCUAUACAUAUAUAUCAAAUUAUGCCUGUUUUCACAGAAGCUGCUUUGGGGGAAGGACUGUGUUGAGGUCCCUUGCAUAACAAUUGGAAGACUGCUUUAAUGAGCAGCAUUUGGUAAAACUGUUGCAUAUUAAUGCUUUUUGCAAAUGAGCGUGAUAAAAGACCAUAAACAACACAAACAGCUUUGCUGCAGUCCCAUUUUUGAAGGCUUCUUGAAAACAGGAUUUUGCAUUGCCUUUUGUUGUCGCCUCUCCAGUUAUCCUGCCCUUGGAACAGGCUGGGGAGUUGAGGCUUGGGUGUGUUGAAUGCAUGGACCGCAUUCCACAGGCUCAGUAAUACAAUCCUGUAUUCACAGCAGUAACGCGGCAGAAAGCCUGCUCUUUAGUUGUGUCUGAAAGAGGGAGAGGUAAGUGAGGAAGACAGAAGAAAGCAGAGAGCAAGAAACAACAAAAAGCAGCAGAGAGGGAUUAUGGAGUCGUGGUAAAUAAACGAAGAUAAGGAAAACAAGGAAGGGACCAAAACAAAUAAAGCAACUAACGACCGACUACAGUAAAGAAGUAGGACACUACGCAGAAAUGUAAUUACACCGCAUGUUCGCUCAAAAUUCAGCUUCUCAUAAAUGUAGACUAGGGAGGACUGGACUAGACUCCACAGGCUGGGGGGGAUUGUUCAGCACACUGCCCUUGUCAUUCCCCUAUCCCCUGCUUGGUAGCACUUGUGGGGUUGUAGUUGUCUGGCAGCAGAGCUGUAUUGGUGACCCCAUCCUUUUAGAAUCCCUCUCAGGUGUGGUGUGGAGCCGAUCCGACAGCACCAAGAGAAACCCACAACAACAGAGAGUGACUGGACCCCCAUCCCUCUAAACCCAUUAAGCCAAACUGACACUGACGGAGCGCUGUCGCCUAUGGAUUUGAAUGUGUGUGUGUGUCUGUGAGAGAGUGUGUGUGUGUGUGUGUGUGUGUGCAUGAGUGUGUGUGAGAAAGGCUGCCUGCCUCAGGUUCUGAGGACCUCUUUUAAAUCUGGACUAAAUCAUCUUUUCAGUUCUCAUAGGACUAUAUUGAAGAACUGCAGGCUGUGCUUUCGCUAGAGGGAGUGGAAACAAAAACCAAUAUACCUUUUUGUCUGGCAUAAUAUAAUAUUGAAGACCAAUUGUAGAAUAACAUCUAACUGGAAUUGCACAUCUGGAAAGGAAAGGAAUGAGAGCAUCAUGUUUCACUUAGCAAAGGGAUUAAAAAUGGCUGCAAGAAAAAUAACAAAGAAUCAAAUGAACAUUCAGUUGGAGACCAGGCAGUUGCUCGAGGCAAGAUAAUCUGAGAGGGGAAUAUCAACACCUCCCAUAUUUAUAGAUUAUGACAAGUGGAUUAUCUAGAAGUUCCAGUGCUUUGCCGUUUCCCCCACUUCAGCAUUGAUUAAUGCUUGGCAGGGCAAUUAUCAAAAUCUGUGUGUCCCUCUCCUAAAUGAAGACGUUUACAGAAAGGAGCUUGGAGCCUUGAGGAAUCUGCUUUUCCGCUGGCGCUGUUGGGAUUCCAAUCUCUCUGAUUUACGGAUAACACUUUCUUUAUUGGGGGGAGAUUUUUUUUUAAAUGCCACGGGCCAGUUCAUUUCUGGGUGACACCUCCUAAACUGGAGGUGCUCCAGAUUUCAGAUCACAUCUGCUAUUGACAUUUGGCAGAAAAGGGCUGUAUUUUCGCAACGCUGCCAGAACUGUGUGUCUGAGUCUGGGACUGAAUCACUGGGGACUCAUUUGUGAGGAGCAGGUUGAGAUUUGGGGUUAGUUUGUUUCACUUACGUGCUCAUCCCCCUUCUUGAUGGCAAUUUAUUACUUCACACUGAGCCUCCUGUACCUGAGUGCCGUAAUAACUCUCAGCAAAGUAAUUGAAAGCACAACUCCUUUUCAAGUCUCUAGUGUGUGAAAUACCUAAAAGGCUAUUUUCAUGUAAUUUUUGGGGGGCCAGUGAGAAGCCUGCAUUUCUGAAGUUGGUGUUUAUUGGCCUGCACCAGCUUUGAGACACUUCAGCAACUGAACAGAAGCAGCAUCCACAGGUAUCAAACAUGGCUGCCAAUUCUGUGCUCAUCUGCCUCGCCUUCAGCUUUCUGCUGGGCUUCACUUCACUGGGUCAGAACUCUAGAGAGGCUGGGGCAGAUGCCCAGGCCACCAACCAGACGGCAGCCACCUCUAAUUCUCCGGAGGCCACGCUGGCCACUCCGGUGGCGGAGGACCAGACCAUCCCAAUGAUAGGCAGCCGCUGCCGGGGCUACUAUGAUGUCAUGGGCCAAUGGGACCCACCGUUCAACUGCAAUGCUGGCGUCUACCUGUUCUGCUGUGGCUCCUGCUUUUACCGCUUCUGCUGCCAGUUCAAGGUGCACAGCCUGGAGCAGGAGUCCUGCUCCAACUACGACACCCCCGUCUGGGCCAACACCGGCAAGCCGGCAGCCCCCGUCACUGAGGUGCAGGAGGAGCCCGACCGAGACCGCACCCACAUGGUCGUCUACAUCAUCUGUGGCGUGGUGGCCAUUAUGGUGCUGGUGGGCAUCUUCACCAAGUUGGGCCUGGAGAAGAGCAGAGGUGGCCAGACAGACAUGACCAACUCUAGGGCCUUGACAGAGUUGUUGAAGCAGCCAGGAGAGGUGGGUGGAGUGGAUGGGACCGGGGGUCACCACCCCAUAGGGACCAAUGGGAUCUCUGGCAGGUCACCGCGCAGCAACAAUGAUCACAACCACCUGAAUAACGCUGCCCUCUCACCCCUGGGUCCAGCGAUGGCACUCUCCCACCCUCACAACAACCUUGGUCUGGGCUUUAACAAGUGCGCCUCCCUCAAGGCUGUGGGGGUUUGGCCACUGGAUAACAGAGCUCUUACUGUAUCUGAACAAAGGAGGACAUUGUUGAGGUCUCUGGGGGUACCAGCAGAUACGGCAGCAAGAGACUACUACAAGGGUUACCCCAUGGUGGACUACUCCCGCCAUCACUCCUCGCCCCCCACCUUCCAGCCCAUCGCCUUUCACAAGGACAAGCCCUUCCUGCCCCCUCCAGACAUCCACGCCCCACUGGCCAUAACCAUCACUGCCGCCCAGCUCCCCAAGCCCAAGAUCUCCAAGACUAACACCCACCCGCUUACCUCUAGCUCGGCCUUCAAAGUCUGGGACCCCAGUAAGGGCCAUGUCCAGCAUCCAACGGCCUCCCACAUCGGGCAGGCACUGCAGCAGCAUCCGCAGCAUCCGCAGCAUCAGCAGCAUCCGCAACAUCAACAACAUCAACAGCAGUUACAUCAACAGCCCAACAGCCGCCGGCAGGCCUACUCCAACAAGCGGAAGUUCAGCAUUGAGACGCUCCCGGAACUCUUCUCCCAGCCUCUGGGCUAUGGACAGUCGCCCCACAUGCACCCCAAAAACAAGGGGCUGCCCACCAACAGCAAGACAGAGGUCACAGUCUGAGCAUGAAUGUUUGGAGAGCAGGAGGGCAAGAAAAGAGUCUAUAGGACUGGGAGUGAGAGCUUUUUGUACGAAUCAAUGUCGUGUUGAUGGCUGGGGGGACGAACAGGAACAAGCAAUCUUCUUUUGCUAUUUUAAUUGCAGGCUUUCUUAGUUAUUGAUAAUGUAACACCCAAAACGGAAGGUAACGAUCACAUGAAGUGACUCGCUCUCUCUAGACCUGGUUCCCCUAAAUUCCCUCUCUGUCCCAGCGUCCUCCCUGUUUUGUUUUGGUCAAUCUCCUCUUUGCUCCCCCUGGCACCACUGCACCCCCCCCCCCCCCCCCCCCCCCCACACACACUUACACACUCUCCUACUUUUUGCAGCCUGUCAGAGUGGUACACAUUGGUAAAGCACCCACAGGACCCUGAACAACAGCAGUGACAAUGCCAUUGUCUUGUCAGCUCCCAUCACUCUCCAUCCAGAACAGAGUAAGAUACCAUUCUGGCAAAUCUGUACCAGCGAGAGAGAGAGGGAGAGGAAGAGAGAGAAACAGCGGGAAAGGGGGUGCUUGUUUAUUCAUCCUGAAGCGUAAAGGAUGAGGAACUAAGCCGGACAGAGGUUUGGUGCGGCAAGCACCUCCUGUUCGUCACCUGCUGGAGAAGAGCCCUGAAGCUUCAGGCCCCCUGGUCGUCAAAGCUGGGGAAUCUCACACAGUGGUUGUGUCUGGAGACUCCCUGGGGAUCGUCAGCGUCCACGUCUCUCAGCGAUGUGUUGUUUGUUGUUGUCUUAACCGGUGCAUCGGAAAGGGCAAACAGCGCAGGUAUCAGCAAGGUCACCACAGUCGUGUUAACUGGUACGGUCUAUGUUAGUGAAGCUUCAAAGCAAAUCGCAAGGGACAAUAGGCGCCUGCUAGAGGGCAGGACAGGCCACCGUGUCUGUCCUGGGUAAUAUGGUGCCAAAGGCAAUACAAGGGUGGAAAGUUGCAGGUGUGAAGUAAAGGUCAUUGCUUUUUUAUUUUAUCUUAGCUUUGGCUUGCUGUUGAAGUAUUUAUCCAAACAUGAAUGCACAAAAGUCAGGAAGAAAGAAAACUCAUACACAGAGUAUUUUAUAAAAGUAUGUCUUCCAGACUGGCAGCAAUUCAUGUGAUGCAUGCAUAUAUUAUUGUAAUAUUAAAAUAGGCUUUAAUAUGAUUAUUUUGUUGAAUGCAGGUGUAUGGUUAAUCUAUAUGUAUAAUGAGUCACUGUAAAUGCAGCUGGGUUGAAGCUAGUGGCUAAACAUAGACAUUACAGUCUUUCCCAACCACAAGGAUUAUUUCCAGCUACAGGAGAGCAAGCAACUCCUCUUGGCUCGUUAUCAUUUUACACUUGACCGCAAGGUACAAUAUUUGCAUGGAAAUCUGAUAUGUCUAAGUUCACACAAGCGCCGUCCUUCACCAUACAUUUGCUGAAAUUUAGCCCAAGCCUCAAGCUUAAUGUAUUAUCUUAAGUAAACAGGUUACGCCGCAGUGCAUACCUACGCUCAGCGUAUUCCAGACAGGUGGAACCGUAUCAACGGAUGGCAGCCAGUCAGUCGUGUUUACUAGAGUCAUUCACCAUUUGCUGCUAGCUCCUCCCCACCAACCAGCUUCCAGCCUGUUCCUGAGCUCCACCAGACCCCCUUUCCUCUGCUCUCCCUUUCCCAGUGGGGUUGACUUACGGUGGGAGCCUCCAGCAUCCAACCCCUGCAUGGGCUUCCAAGCUGUUCCCAGCCAGGGGACACCAUGCCUCCUCACGGGGGGUGCGGCCAUAACUAAUGAUACCCAAUCGCCAGCAUGGCAGGCCCUCACACACUAGGCAUGCAUGGAGUGGAGCAGGGCUUUCACAGUGUUAAAUGAUUUGGAGAUUCAUUCGGCUGCUAUUGUCGAGCCAUUCUGUGUUACGGACAGACACAAAGUGGUUUCACUGUAGCAGCAUGAUAUGGAAUAUAACAUUUGAAUUGAUUUAAACUACGUGCUGACUAUUACGUUUAUGGGUUAAUGUUGCAUUUCAUUGGGGAUUUGAUUGAUCUGUCCAUGGUUCAUUCUUCAGGAUUUCUAAAGCUGUUAUGUAAUCUACAUAUGACCCACUUGGAGUUGUUGUUUUCAUGAUAUGGUUGAAUAAAAGUAAAUCAUAAAUAGAGAAGUGUUGGGUUAUGCACAGUACAUGUAUAAAUAUGCAUCAUGCACAUCUGCACUCAUAGCUACCGUAUGCAGCAUGCACGGUCACCAUUUAGCUUUCUCCAACUUCAAUUCGUAAACGAGGGGGGGGGGCGUUACACACAAUGAUUCUUAGCUUAACAGCCCAGCCAUAUAAAGUAUUCUAUGGACUCUCUCCUUUAUCGUUCAGGAUGCAUUAGUGGUUGUGAACAAGCAAUGGAUGUGUGCAAGUAACAAGCAAUAUGUUCUGUCUGCAAAGCAAUAAGUACCCAUCUAUCUGCAAACCCUCUCUCUGGAGUCUGACUCUGCACCUUUCCGGAGUCCUUUAAAUGUGGGGAGCUGAGGUGGAAGCAGAGCUACAUAGACCCAGAAUUGUUGUUGUUGUUGCAAUCUCAGGCUCUUCUGAAAGAUAUUUAGGACUAUUUUCAGACCACUGAGCUUUUAUUAAUUCUCUCUUCUCUCUCCUCCUGCACUUCUCCGACAGAGGAAGUUGCAUUAGCGAAUCAGAACUCUGAGAACCCUAUCCACUCAGAAUAAAAGCUUGAUUAGCUCUCCAUGACCUUUUACUAUUGGACGGAUUCAAAUGUUAUUUUACAGACACAAUUCCAGCAGGGCCAUACUAAAGGAAACACAAACCUACAAGCAGUUAUCAGGGCUGGCCUGCAAGAGUGGAACCCCAUCUGAGCUCUACAGGCUGCAAGCACUAGGAUAGUGUUGCUAAUGCUAGCUGAACGAUGCUGACGUUGUGACACAUGGAUCCUUCAGGCUCCAGGGAGUCUCCAUGAGGAGGGAGAGCCUCUGAGGCUUCAAGGGCAAACACAGCCUGGGGCCAAGCUGACAGCUAGCGAGGCACCAGGAUGUCGCCAGGCUAGCGCCUUGGCUUGCCUCCUAUAGUGGAAUGAAGCACUGUAAUUGGUUGAGAUUCCACCUUAAUGUCCCUCUUCUUCCCAUCCUAGUGCUGAGCGAAUGUUGACGCGCAGGUAUAUCUGACCCACGGGAGACAAACACUGCUGACUGUUCUAAAUAGUGACACCCUCCGUGAGUAUCAUUUACCCGGUGAAGGGCCUUUUUGGCCCACAGGUAUGCCAGAGUCUUUUUGCCGCGGGCCUCCGUACAGUGAAUCCUACACCAAUACUGUCACAGUAAGCCCGCUGGUUUUGGAUGGCCUCAGUCUAUGCUGGACAGUCAAAAGUGAAUUAAAGCUGACGAAGGCUUACUGGCCCAAAGUUUUGCCUCAGUUUCUCAACACUGGAUGAUGUAAAAUAUAUACCACAGCAGGACAGAGGAGCCAUGUAUAUCUCACAGUCGCCCAUUCUGUGGUUGUAGGUGCUGGACCAAAACAAUUCUUAUCAGGAGAAAUUGAGUACACGUAACUGAUCGCACACAGUGGGAAUGUCAGACUGUGGACCAUCAGCUUAGUGUGCAUACUCAAUCUCUACUGAUUACACUGUAUAUACAGCACCCUAAAAGAGCUGAAUGACUGUUCUUUGUAAAACUUCCUUAAACUCAACUAUUCUACAACAGGUUAUCUGAAUGCAACCUGGUAGACAUACUUGGGUUUCAUCCUUAGCAAUAUAUUGUGUAUGAUUUGUUUUGUACUGUAUUCGGAUUGGAAGUUCUUUCAAAAAAGUAGCGUUUGACUGAUGAAGUGCUUUCAGAUUCAAAACUGGCCACACACUUCUUCCCAACAGAAAACGUCCUGUGUUUGAAGCUUGUGCUUUUCCGGAUACUAUGUAUGGUACAUACACUCGUGUAUUCAUGUCAAAAAUGCAUUGUAUUCAAGUGCUUUGGCAACACAUUAACAAUGAUGAUUGAAGAUUUGUGAUUCCUGUGCAGCUUAUGAUCUGCAAAUCAUGUGUUGUUCCAUACUUUUGGUAGUCGACUACCUUUGAUUGCUAUGUACUUGUGUAUAUAUAUUGUACCACUUGUCUGCUUUAAAAAUGGUUAAAUACUUGGUUUCUAUAAGGGCUUUUUAUAGACUUAAACAAGAAAAACACAUCUUUCUCUUGUUUUGCGUUAAGUGGAGAGCUACCAGUGUUUGGGUCACCCAGAUUGCGGUGUCCAAAUUAAUUUUCUCAGACAUCUCCGAUUUGGCUGAAUCUGUUUCUCUUGGUUGUUAGCUGGCAGAAGCGUUCCAAACCCCUGGAGUAUGUGAAGUUAUCUGACAGCAUGCGAGGCUAAAGAGGGGAGGCCUACUCCUUGUUCUAUCAGCUAAAAGUCCCCCCUUCUUACCACACCUUCCCCCUACUCCGCUCCGUAAAGCAGGGCAAAUACUGGUACUCUUUUUUAAUCUUAACCUUAAGAGGGGGCCCAGUAUCAGCAAGACUUCAUUACCAUUAAGCCGCCAUACCCACCUCUUCCUCAGCAUCAUGAAAAGGUAUCAGUGGGUGCGUAAACUCUUUAGACAAGGAAGAAACCAUAGGGAAGAUUUUAAUUGACGUCCUUAACCAAGCAUCUAUCAAGUACCUUUGCAAUGCCUGUAGACUUGGUCAAUAAAAUAGCCCAAUUAUAAAUGUAAAAUUUGAUUGUUUUAAAUGAAAUUGUCAUCUAAUUUGAUUUAUAUUCAAGGUCCAUGGCUUUUAAAUGAAUCCAAAAAUUGGUUUGGACACCUCUUAAUAUGCCCAGGCUGUCUAGAUAGAAUGGAGAUACAAGGUAAUUAAGGUGCUGGAACAUUGCAUGUUUUGACCAGAAAUUAUAUUAAUUUAGCUGACGGGCCUGUACUAAUUAUACUGCCCUGACAUCUAAAAAUAAUCUUUGUUGUUGCAGGUGUUCUUAUGUUCUCUGUUUACAUGUGGUUUUGAUUAUGCAGUUCUUUAUUCAUAGUUAAAGGCCACGAGAAAUGGAGCUAAAAAUGUAUAUUUAAUGUCUAGAAAAAUGUGUAGGCCUACAUGUGAAUAAAUGUGUACACACGAACACACAUGCAUUCAGUACAGUACACACUGACACAGUAAAUACAAUUCCAGAAGAACAGGCAAGACAAAUGAAAAGCAUAUUUUGUGUUCAUUUGGUGCCUAUCAUUCACAUUGUAUAAGGAAGGCAGGCAGUGUCAAAAGAAGAAAAAAAAUGGAACCCUUUGGUCUGGGCAAGUACUCCAUGAAUUCAGCAUUUAUCUGGGCAUCCCUCUCUCCUAGUGCCCUGCAUUUGUUUCGUUCUGCCACCGCAUCCCCACAGAGACCCAGGCCAGCUGUCACUGAUGUUUGACUUCAUUUAAAUGUCUCCAGGGUCUGGACUGACUCCAUCAGAGAGAGCAAAGAGCCAAACGCCACAAACCACAUCCCUCUCUCGCAUCCUCCCACUCCAGUAGUGGACAACCUGAGGCAAUGUCCUGAAUUAGGAAUGUUAAAUGUUCAGGUUAAAAGACUGAAAUACAUAGCAGCAUACUCCUGUUAUAGAGCAUUAAUAUAACUACACUAAAGGUUUACAGGAUGUUGCAUUUGGGCAGCAGAUCAGUUGAUUAGAGUUCCAAUGAGCUCCUUCCACAAAGACAGAGGACAUUGAUAUGAGGGGAAUUAAAAAACCCUCCCACUCAAGCUUAACACUUUAGUUCUAUGCAGAUCAAUCAGUCUCAUAAAGAAACCCUCAUAACAUCAACAGGGUCCUUUCAUUCCCUAGCUGUUUACUUACAUUUUAAAAGAGGUCAUCAUUGAUGACGACGAUGAUAAUGAUGAUGAAGAUUGUUUCCGUUUUUACAGCACUAAUUACAAAAUAAUUUUUGAGGAAGAGUCAAGGUCAAACUUAUUGUCUGGCUUUUUAACCAUCUGUUUUUAGAGGAAACCUUACUAAGUGUUCUUUGUAUGAACUUGAUAAAAAAUUAAAAUGGUGAGACUA